AUGGAGCGAACGCAGGAACUUCAACUUCUUGGUGACGCGCUUGGCUUCACCCCGAAAUACUUUGUCGACAUUAUCAACAAUGCUGUUAACGAGAUUGCAGUGGGGUGUGUCAACUCGCUCGAGAAGUUUCUUGAACGCCAGCGAAGCCAGUUCGGCGAGCAGAUAUUCCCCAAACAUGAGAUUGAGUCGGGGACCAGCCAGUUUCAGCUGUUGCUUAAUCUGACCAUAGAUAAGUAUAUGGAUCUUUUCGAAGUGUACAUGGACCGCAAUAUAUUUCUGGUGCCAGAGGAGCUACAGCAUCACAUCGAUUGGGCCCAGCUUACAGGCACCAAAACAGUGCCAAAUGUUGAGGCCGUUCGCGCAGACACUGACAAUCAAAUGAGGCAGGUCCUCAACGAUAUCCGGCGCGAGCUAACCAUACGUCGACUUCGUAAGCAGCAGUUGGCAGUGGCAAUGCAUCUACGAAAUCUGGUGAAAGAGUUUAUCGGAGCCAUCACUGAAUGUCUCGCUAACGAACCAUCUCCAGAAAGACUUAACCAGACAAUUGCCGAGGUGAAGACCACCAUAAACGAGCUAUAUUCCAAGACGGCAGAGUUUCAGGCGCUCGCUGAAGACCCCCUCUCAGCUCAAGCCCCCGCAGUUGAGAUCAGCGAUCGGCUUGCGCAUCUCACUCGUCAAUUAGUUGCUUCUGACUAA